CCUCUCGCGAAGACAAAGCGCGGCGCACCCCCUGCCUUUCCUCUCUCUCCUUUGAGCUGCUGCCUCGCCCCUUACUUUCUUCGCACUCGAGCCGCGCCUCUUCUGUGCUGUACACCGCUUGUGUGCGCUGUUUUGCCGAGCGUCUUGGUCGACAAAGUCUCUUAUAGAAAAAGGGAAGUCGCCACUCCUCCUCCCCUCUCUCCAGCCAGCAGUUUUAUAGGACUGGUCACUCUCGCUUUUUUCUUUCGCUCUCUUCACCUCCACCAGCAAUCGGUAGAUCUCGCAUCGCAUUGAGACCAGCAGCGCAACACGACGACGAGAUACGUCACGUCACGUCACGUCAAGACACGACUGCAACAGCACAGUCUCGCAGAAGAGGAUCUCUACGAGAGAAUCACGACGAAUGGCGACCGCAUUUGAGCAACAGAUUCUCCACGGGGGCCUGCCCACAAGUGGGCCCGCCUCCUCGUCGUCGCCGCGCCGCACGCCCUCACCGUCGACGUCCGACGAGCUCGGGUCUGACCUGAGUGACGGCCACGGCGCUGCUGCUGCUGCUGCUCCCUCAUCACUGGGUCUCUCGAUGGGUCAGCCACGACCGCAGGGCCCCCAGACGGGCGUCAAGGGUGUCAAGGCCGAUGCGAAGGCGUACCGGGAGUCAUCCAAGCAGCGCAAGUCCGCCCUGGUGAACGGCAUCAACAAGCGCAUGGAGUCGAUGGCCCUUGGCAGGAACCGGACCUGGAAGGAGGACGACGAGGACCGGGCGCGACGUGCGGCCGCGGCAGAGUCGGGCGGGGGCAGUGGGCGCAGCGAGGGAAACGCGAGCGACGACGAUGAGGAGCUUGACGACAUCCGUGCCAAGCGCGUCGAGGAGAUCAAGUCGACUCAGGCCGCGUCCAACGAGGCGCGGCGGAAGAGGCUGGCGGGCGAGGACGUCGAUAACCCGCCAAAAGGCCUCUCGCCCAACCUGCGUCCAAAGGGCCUCUUUGGUCAUCUUCGCGAGGUCGGCCCGGGAGGGUAUGCACAGGCCAUCGACGGCGAGAACGGCGCCACGAUGAUCGUCGUUCACAUCUACGUCAAGCACGUCCAUGCAUGCGCACAGCUCACGACGGCCCUCUCCCUGCUUGCGCGCACAAACCCCUCGACCAAGUUCCUCUCUGUUCGUGCCGGCUCCAUCGGCUUUGGCCAGAACGGCGCAGGCCAGUGGCGGGCCGACGAGAGCAUCGACGAGGACGAGGACGACGAGGCGGCCGAGGACAUUGUGCCGACGAUUCUCAUCUACCAGGCUGGCAAGCUCGUGGCCAACCUCGUCCGAUGCGACCUCGACGACGAUUGGGGCCACGGCGAGGAGAGGGACGUCCGCAACAUCCUGGCGCGCUAUGGGGCCGUUGCCGCGGCUGCGUGAGCGCCAUCGAAUAGACUAGACUGUAUCAUAAACCAAGCUGUCUUUCUCCCGUCCCUUUCUCUCUCUUUUCUUCUCCUACUCAUUCUCGCUAAUUUCACCAAUCAAUGCCAUGCCCUUGCAGUGCU